ACGAGGAAGUUUUAAACAGCGUGUAAAUAUCUUGAGUGUAAAUUUAGUCAGAAAAGAGGAAGUUUAAAGUAAUUUAGCGACUUAUAAGACAUUCUGAGUUGUAUUUUAUGUUUUGGACUUCGGGCUCUGUUUUUGACAUUAACAUUGUGUUAUCUUAUAAUAAAAAUAUUUUUUGACAACAAGAAGUUUUGUUUAGAGGUGAAAACUAGGACACUAUUUACACGCCAUGUACCCGGAUAAUCUUAACUCUGUUCAGCGACCCUAACUCAGUGCCAACAUGGCUGACAGAAAGACGAUAGAAUAUAAGGAGCGGUUCACAUGAUACUAUAUAAUCGGGCAUCAGGAUCAUGGCAGUGUCAGAUCGGAAGGUUUCUGAUUUUCGUGGAUCAGUAUCUAAAGGUUCAGCAGAGGAUUUUGACCACAGUUGUGAACCAUGUCUAGCUAUUGGUCAGCAUGUAGAAGCUCAUGGAUUUUGCGUGGACUGUCAGGAAUACAUGUGCAAGAACUGUUCUGCUUAUCACCAACGGAUAAAAGCUACGAAGCAUCAUAAUCUUCUUAAUAUAGAUAGCAUGGGCAAACACACCAUUCAUAGUACAGAUUCGGCAGUGUGCACGGAAAAGUGCCAUAUUCACAAAAAUGAGUUCAUGAAGUUUUUCUGCACAAACCAUGAAUUUCUCGGAUGUACUGAUUGUAUAACUCUAAAUCACAGGACAUGUAAAAUUGAUUACAUACCUGAUAAAUGUGCGGGUAUUGGAGACAGUGACGAAUACAGGGAAUUAAUGACAGAACUGGAUCGAAAGAUGAAACAUAUGGAUGCCAUGCUCGAAAAGGCAACACUACAAGACAAAGAGGUGGAUUCCUCCUAUGACCAUAUUAUAAAAGAAAUUACGAAGUUCCGCAAGGAGAUAAAUGAUCGCUUAGAUCAAUUACAAAAACAAAUUGAGACAGAGGCUGACAAGAAGAAGUUCACAGAAAAACAAACAGUCAAAAAGGUGAUUGAAACAUGCACAGCAGCUUCUUCAGAUAUCAUGAAAUUCAAGUCAAAUCUUCAAGACAGCAAAACUUCACAACAGAAUGGGCAACUCUACAUCCGGAUCAAACAAGCCAAAUUCAGACUAAAGUCUUAUGAUUUGAAGAAUGCUCAAGAAUCUUUGGAUAAGACUAGCAUCCAAUACACAUUUGAAAGAAACAAAGAAUUAGAGAACCUCCUUACUAAGCUGGAUAUAUUUGGGAAGUUGACCCUACCCACUACCCUGGUGAAGAAAAAGCAGUUGAACCUAUCCACUACCAUGGUGAAGAAUGUACAUUUGAGCCUAUCCACUCCUCUGGUGACUCCAAGAAAGAAGAAAGUAUUUGAUACGUUGACUCACAGGGGAGAUAUAAAUGUAAAGACAAAGUCAGAUAAAAAUGAAUGUGGUAUCACAGGAUAUACAGUGUUAUCCUCUAACAAAGUUAUACUGGCUGAUAACAACAACAAUAAACUGAAAGUUGUAGACACGUAUAGUAAAGCUGUGAUAGAGGAGAAGGAACUUGACUCUGAACCAUAUGACAUUGCUGUACUGCCUCAAGACAAGAUUGCUGUAACAAUGCCAGAGAAGGAAGAGAUCCUUAUAAUGAAGACAAAUGGUAAACUGUCAAUCAGCCGGAGAAUUCCAAUGAAAAAAUGUUGUAACGGUAUAACUUAUCAUCAAGGUCAGUUCUAUGUGGUUUGCUGGCAUCCUUACAGUGUGCAUUUAGUAGAUACACACGGAAAUGUCAAUAGCAAAAUUUCCCUUAACAGCGAGAUAUUUUCCUCCCCAAACUAUAUACUGCUCAGUGAAGAUGCCAGACAUAUCUACAUCAGUAACUAUACUAGUCACAAUGUAAGCUGUGUUACAUUACACGGUGAUAUAUCAGCUGUAUACAAGCACAAUGACCUAUAUGGACCAGUGGGAAUGGCCAUGUUAGAUGAUGGAUCAUUGCUGGUGUGCUGCUACAAUAACAACACAAUACAUCAUAUCUCAGGAGACUUGAAGCAAGGUCAGACAAUCAUAGGUGGAUUACAGAAACCACAGACUAUAUGCUACAAUCAGCAACAACAAGAAGUCUAUAUUGGUGGAGAUAGUGAUCAGCUUAAGAUUAUGAAAUAGCAUGCACUGUGUAAAUAAAAUCUAAUUAUGUCAUAUUUGUAGCAAUAAAAGGCUUAAAAGUACUGACUUAAAGCAUGUGCUUGUACAUAUAGCUUCAUCCACAGCAUGAAAUAGAACAGUUGGGACAUGGGCACUCUCUUAACGAAACACAGCACCAUGCAUUAUCGCUUCUACGUACAAAGAAGAAGAAGAUGAAAUAAAAAAGAAAAAAAAUCUGUUUCAACAAUUUUUUAUAACAAAUGAAAAUAAUUAAUCAUACAUAUUUUCUGUUCAAAUUCUAUUUGAAAGCUGUUACUAUGAAUGUGAUAUUUAUUGUACACUCAAGAAAAGUAAAAACGCAACAUCCAUUAGCGAAAAAUAUUUAUGCAUCCCCCUCCCCCCGCCCCUUCGAAGGCGGAGGGGUAUAUUGUUUUACAGAUGUCAGUCGGUCUGUCAGUAGGUAGGUCGGUCUGUCGGUCGGUAUGUAGACCAAUCCAUUUUCGGAUGAUAACUCAAGAACGCUUGGGCCUAGGAUCAAGAAAGUUGAUAGGGAGCAGAUUGUGCAAUUACUGAAUGCAUCAAGGGGGCAUUUCGUGUUCUACCAUUUCUUGCUCAUUCUUGCGACUUGUGUGCAAACAUUUUGGUGAAUAUUUAUCAUUAUUCAUUAAAUCUGAUCUAAUAUGUU